AUGUCAUCGGAAUCGGGCGGAGAAGGUAAAUGCGGUUCUGGUCUGAGUCCUCGUUACGAAUGGUACCAGACGGAGUCGGACGUAGUGGUGAUCAUCCGCGCGAAAGGGGCAAAUGUCGAAAGUGCACAAGUCACGUUUGAGCCUCGUUCGUUGAGUGUGAUUGCAGCGAAGGACGAUGGCGUAGGAAGAUACGAAUUAAAGCUGGCGCUAUCACGCGAAAUCGUUCCAAAAGACAGCUCGUUUAAAGUCUCCAAGGUCAGAUCAAAGAUCGAAAUGAGGAUGAGGAAGGCGGUCGGUGGACAGUGGAAUGUUCUGGAAGCGUCGCGAGAGCCACCCCCGCAGGAACGUCCAAGUAGCAACGAGAUACCGGCUACUGACGAGACGCAAAAGAUUGCCAAGAGCUACCCGACUAGCUCGCUGCGGGGCCCGAAGGACUGGGACAAAUUGGAGAAGGAGGUGAAGACCGAGGAGGAGAAGGAACAGCUGGAGGGGGACGCUGCCGUCAACAAGUUGUUUCAGAAGAUCUACGCUGACAGCAGCGACGAAGUCAGGCGAGCAAUGAUGAAGUCGUUCAUCGAGAGCAAGGGCACGGUGUUGAGCACGAACUGGGAUGAGGUCGGGCGCGCCCCGGUCGAGGCCAAACCUCCAGAGGGUCUCGAAUGGAAAAACUGGUAA